AAGACACUUUCCCAAGUUCCAGCUAUUGGCGGCGCAAGUUAGCCCCCACCUGCCACCUAGAGAUAUACAUAUCGAAAAGUCCAACCUCUGAAAAACUCGCACCGUCGCUAACCAAACCCAACCACCCGCCAUUUCCACGAUCCUCUCUCUCUCUCUCUCUCUCUCUCUCUAGAAUGAGAAGUCGGGACUCGCCGGCCGGAAGCCGGUACUCGAGCUCCGGUCCCCUCCGUACGCCGGAGCGGCACCCCCAGUCUCCGAGCUCCGUCUACUCCUCCUCUUCCUCCUCCCAAAAGUCAAUCUCCUCCCGAAACCCUGUCAAGCUCGUCGCCGGAGCUUUCAUCGCUUGCUUCACUCCACCGGACGCUAAGGCGGCCAAUGAUUACGCUUAUUCUGACGAAUUCAAACCUCCUCCUUCUGUUGUGUCGGAUGCUUCUGGUGCUGGCAGUGAGAGGAAGCGUGCCUCAAAUCGUGGUAUUUAUGGCAGUUCUAGUGACUCCACUCGCACAAGGGAGCCUGGGAGUUUUAAAUUCACCAUGGCUCAAAUCUUCAAGGCUACAAGGAACUUUUCCCCAUCAUUCAAAAUCGGACAAGGAGGUUUUGGGACAGUCUACAAGGGAAGACUUGAAGACGGAACUGUAGUUGCAGUUAAACGGGCUAAAAAGAGUGUAUAUGAUAAGCAUUUGGGAGUGGAAUUUCAAAGUGAGAUUCGAACUCUAGCACAAGUGGAACAUCUGAAUUUGGUCAAGUUUUAUGGGUUUUUGGAGCAUGAAGAUGAAAGGAUUGUCGUUGUGGAGUAUGUUCCCAAUGGAACUCUUAGAGAACAUUUGGAUUGCAUGCACAGCAAUAUUCUUGAUCUCACUGCACGGCUAGAUAUUGCAAUAGAUGUGGCCCAUGCAGUUACCUAUCUCCAUAUGUAUACAGAUCACCCUAUCAUCCAUAGAGAUAUCAAGUCUUCCAACAUUCUUCUGACAGAGAACCUCCGAGCCAAGGUGGCUGACUUUGGUUUUGCUCGAUUGGCAGCUGAUAGUGAAUCGGGCGCUACCCAUGUAUCCACCCAAGUAAAAGGAACUGCUGGAUACCUAGACCCCGAAUACCUAAGAACCUAUCAACUAACUGAGAAGAGUGAUGUUUAUUCAUUUGGUGUGUUAUUGGUGGAGCUAGUUACAGGCAGGCGCCCCAUUGAACCUAAACAGGAACUAAAGGAACGCAUAACUGCAAGAUGGGCCAUGAAAAAGUUUACUGAUGGAGAUGCAAUUGUAACUUUGGACCCGAAGCUGGAACAAUGUCCUGCCAAUACUUUUGCUGUGGAAAAGAUCCUCGAGCUAGCAUUACAAUGUUUGGCUCCUCACAAGCAGAACCGACCAACCAUGAGGAGAUGUGCAGAGAUCCUCUGGAGCAUCCGCAAGGAUUACAGGGAGCUAUCAACUUCCGAAACCCCUUCACUCUCUUCUUGUUCCCUGAGGAGUUCUUCAAUAAGAGAAGAAUAAAUUGAGUGUUUGUAUCUAGGGCAGAGUUAUUGCAUUGGAUAUAGAACUGUGCAGAGAUAAAAACGAAGCAGGUAUACUCACUCCAGAGGACUGGCCAUGGAUUUUUAUGGUAGAACAUAUCCAAUAUUAUUCCAAAUAGUAAUGCUACAAGCACAAGAAUUUCUCAAAAAAGUGCAUGGAAUGUUGUUCUGGCAGCAUAACAUUCAUCCUGGUAAAAUGUGAGCCCCAUCCAAGACGAAUGUGGUGUUAUUUUUUGUAUACCUUUUUUGUAAAAAUUUAUGUGUAUGUAUUGUUAUUUGUAUUUUUCCAAAAGAAAAUUGUAGAAAUGGCACUUCAAGAAGGUUGAUUUGUUGCAAGAUUGUGUGAAUAAGAGAUGAAGAAUUAUGUAAGUAGCCUUUGUUUCCUCAUAUUUUGUAUGUAUUAUUGGGAGGGGUCUUGAGUGAACUUUGAAGGCAUUUGUACUUGAGUUGUCCAUGUAUUUACCAUUUAUACAUUUAUCGUUCUUUGCUUAUUUUGCAUA